GCAGAAUUGACUUGUUACUUUCAUACUUACACCCGCAUUGUAUUUAACAGCCAAACAGAUAUAAAUGUUCUCAUUGCUACUUGGAGUUUUCUUUAUAAGAAGCUUGCUUCAAGAAAGUAUAUAAUGUUACAAUAAAGGAAAAAUAUCGAACACUUUAAUUUAUUCAGCUCAUGAAUGUGAAGGAAUUCGAAAAUACGUUGUACCACAGUGUUAAAUGUUAAGUGCUUUUGGAGAUCUGAUACAACUUCAAAUAUGCACUGAAUGUUAAUCUGUUUAGUGAAGUUAUUUCUCAACCCAAGAAAAAAAUAUGUUAAAUUUGCACAGUAUGUUAGCUCAGUGUUAAGAAUUUAAGUAUUCGACUGCAUUGAAUUAUCUUUUCAUAUGCCAUCCAGUUGCAUCGUUUCAUUGAACAACGAUCAAAGUAAAGCUGCUGUGUGCGGAUGUUCUUUGCAUAAUUAUAGAUCACAUUUUAUAUGAUAGUGUUUAUGGAAUACUGGAUAUAACCCAAAAUGCUAAUCAGGUAUGACAAUUGAAGGCUUCACUGUUAUUACGAAGAUAAUCUUAUGGUCCAUCGUGGUCGCUCUAAUCAGCCUGCAUGUAUCUGUGGUCCUCUCACAGGAUAACAGCCACGUGCAAAGGCAUCCGAGCCACGCCGGCCAUGGACCGGAAGCCCGCUGGGACGUGUGGACCAACUGGACGCCUUGCUCCGUGAACUGUGGAACUGGUGUCACCUCCAGAACACGUGACUGCAGAUCGAUGAUUACUGGAGAAGAAAUACAGGGAUGUGCAGGAACACAACGAGAAAUAAAGCUCUGCGAAAUCACGGGAUGUGUAGCUGCAGCAGAGGACCCGUGCUCGGAGCUUGAAGCCCGAACGUUUGGCGGGAAGAGGUACAGAUGGCUACCUUACACGCACCCCAGAGACAUUUGUGAGGCGGCAUGUCGACCUGUCGGAGCGGGGUUCUUUUUGGGGUUGGGCAGAUCUCUCCCCGACGGGUCAGCUUGUGGAGAAGAGAAAGUUUGUGUGGGUGGUCUGUGUAAGGCCGUUGGCUGUGAUAAAGUUGUAGAUUCUGGCGUCGACGUUGACUCUUGUGGCGUAUGCGGCGGCGAUGGAACGUCAUGUAGUGGCGUCGAUCUAACGUUUUCCGAUGACGUCAAAUUCGGGUAUCAUACGUUUGCAACGAUUCCAAGAGGCGCAACGAAUAUUUUUGUCAGAGAACUGUCGCCUACAUCUAGAAAUUAUUUAGCUUGUAAGGCAACGGACGGGUCGCUGCAUCUCAACACCGAUUUUAGGUUGAGUCGGUUCGGGGAGCAUCCGGGAGCAGGGGCGGUGUUAACAUACGAGCGGCAGCGAGGACCGGAGUGUCCAGAUGAGUGCAUCCGAGCGGAGGGACCCACGGACGCCGCUAUUGACCUCAUGGUGUUAGCAUAUUCGGACAACACCGGUAUCCGGUACUCCUACAACAUCCCUGAAACUCGGGUCCCAUCCCAGAGCCAAUAUCCCCCACGCCCGGGCCAGAAUCUCACACCCUCGGGUCAGGAUGAGGAUAUUGCCCCCGUGGUCUAUAUAGAGGGAGGUCGCAUUCCAGGAACAAAUUACGGACACAAGGAACAAACAACACUAACAAAAGAGAAGAAACCAAUAUUUUCACACGAUUUCAAAUUCAAAUUUCCCGCCAAAAAGCAUGACGCGCAUGCGCACGGUGUGGACAGUGAUAAUGGAUUUGAUCAUGACCGCACAGAUGCAGACGGGGAAACGACAACGCCGACCUCCGGCGACACCACGGAAACAGACGAACAUGAACAUAGACACGUGAUCAUUGUAGAGGAGCAAGCACCUAUUCUUAUCACAAACGUCACCGAGAGGACAGACGCGCUGCAGGCAUCCAAGACGGGUGUUAUAUCGGAGGCGGAUGGCGACUCACUGGAGGUGACGGACGAGGAGGAGGAGGAGGAGGAGGAGGAGGACAGAGACGUUAUGACAGAGGGGACAGAGGAAGCUGUCGGAGAUAUGUACCGGAGCGAUAACAAUAUUCCCUCUCUUUAUUCCUGGCAGAUUACCUCGCAUUCAGAAUGUAGCCGGACAUGUGGGGCGGGUAAGAAGAACCCGGUACUUGAGUGUGUCGCCACUGACAAGGGUGUCGCGGUGGAGAGACAAUUCUGUGGCGACCAAGAGAGACCUGACGACACGCCAAUACCCUGUAACUAUGGGCCAUGUCCACCAAGUUGGCAGCCAACUGUCUGGAGCAAAUGCAGUGUCACGUGCGGGGUAGGAACGCAGGUGCGUGACUUCAGGUGUAUGACGUCAGACGGUGUCGAUGUAGGCAGCUCCCAGUGUGGAUCGUCCCACCCCGGUCGUGAUGAGCGAACAUGUGAGGCGGGGUCUUGCGCUGCCGGUUGGUACUUUACGGAGUGGCCGGAAAGGUGCCAAGCAACCUGUGGUUACGGCACGUUAUCUCGGGGCGUCACUUGUAUCUCAGACACCGGAAAUGAGCGGACCGCUUGCCCAGACUACGAGCGCCCUAUACAGGAAAAGACAUGCAGGGACGAUAACUGCGGGGGAUUUUGGCUAACAGGAUCCUGGUCAGAGUGCAAUGCUUCGUGUGGUGAGUCCUACCAGACGCGGGACAUUGCGUGUGCCCAAAAGCAGAGUGGGCGUGUCAGUGUAGUUGGCGAGAGUGCGUGCGCCGAUGAAGAGAAACCGCCCACUUACAUGUCAUGUGACAUGCCCAGAUGUGGGCCCACGUGGUACAUGAGCGAAUGGGGAGAGUGCUCAGUCACGUGUGGGAAGGGAUUCCGGUCACGUGAUAUUCGGUGUAUGGACGCGGACGGACGUGCGGCCGGCGACUGUGACCGUAUCUCGCGACCCAGAGAGCGCGACCCUUGCAAGGAGAAGCCUUGUCCUCUGUCAGACGAAUACCGGCACACAGCAAAAGUGACGUCAGCCCCAGUAACAAGCCGACCCCCGGACCCGGGUUGCGCAGACAUUUUUGUCCAGUGUCGUCAAGUGCUUAAAAACAACUUGUGCCAAUAUAAAUACUACCAGAAGAUUUGCUGUGCUUCCUGUAAAAUGGCGGGGCUUGAAGCAACGUGAAUAUUAGAACAAUGAUAAUGUGUUUACAUAAAAUUUGAAUAUGCCACAAUGACUCGGUUACUUUUAAGUUGUUUUAUUCUUUCGACGUAUAUACCAGAGUGACUAGGUACAUUUAUAUCCUGGAAUGUUCCUUAAAAUUAUUUUAACAGGUGUAUGUUCUGCAGGUGAGUCUGUUGAACGUUGUUAAUAAGAUUGUAAGUUAAAAUAAAGGUGUCGACGGCAACACCUUUCGAGGUAGAUCUGUAUACAUUGUAGUCCAUUUUAAUGUAUGUCAUAUUAUCUGCUUGUUAUAUUUAUUCUUGCUGGAAGUUCGAGGUAUUAUGUAUCAAGAACAUUUUUUUUUCAAAUUGUUUUGUGCCUUUAGAACAUUUUUGGUGCUUUUUCUUAUUUCCAACUGUACAUAAUAUUUACACAGAGUGGUGGGUGACAUGAAAUCCCAGUCGAUGAUUAAUGCAAGUCAUCUACACAAAAUCAAACUCAAGCGGCAAGAUUAUUCAGUUAUUUCUAUCGAUGGGACAGCAAUGAGCUAUAAUUUAUUAACCAAAUUUAAUCAUAUAAGUCGUCAACUGAUUGUUUGGAGUACGACCGGAGUUUUAUAUGUCAGACUGCAGUCAGUACGAGUUUAGAGAAUACAUAUGUUCGUAUACUUGCUGGAAGAAAACGAGAAAAAGUAUGCAUCUAUAGGGAAAUAUUUAACACUCAUUAAGAGCUUUACUAUAUAUAAUGUCUAUAUUCAACAUCAUCCAGGACUUUGCAUGAUUCAAUCAUUAUAUAUGUAUUAUUAAAAUGUAAAUGAAACAUGUUCUGCAAUAUUUGGUAUAUUAAAGCUUUAAGUAUAUAAAUAAACACUUUAUUGUAUGCACCGAAGGAGGGUAGUUUUCGCACCAUGCGUGUGUGCGUGUGUUCAUGAGGAGCGUACUACCGGCACAGUUCAGUUCAAUGUUGAGGUCAACUAUAAAGCUGAGCAUUAUGAAGAUUCAUGUUCCGAUUCUUCAGUCUCUGAUUAUUGUUUUACUCUUCCCCUCUGUAUUCUGAUGAGAUCUUAUUCUAGACUUUAAAUCUGUUAAGGCCAUUCGGGUGCAUUUGUCAAAUUCCUGUGACAUUGUAAAUAAUAAUCAUAAUAAUGUAAAUUGCAUUUGUAAAUAUGUCUUGUGUUUGUUCCUCGGUUAAAUAAAUAUUCAAAUGCAAAACAUGCACACA